AUGGCCGACUUUUCAAUGUACCACAACCUAGGCGAAGGUGCUGUGCCAGAGGACGAGAGAUUGAAAUCGCAAAUCCCAACCCAGCCCGCAGCUCCUCAGUUUGUCCCGCCAGUUGCUCAACCGCCGGCAGGCUACGUGCAGAGCGGAGGUGCUGUUCUAUCGCCUCAGCAGCAGGCAUACCAGCAGCAGCAGCAUGGCUUCGCCCAAUCCUCCCCGCCUUACCCCUCGCCUUCAGCGGGCUACCCGUCACCACAGGGAUACCCUCAAUCGCCAGCCGAUAUGCAUCCCGGGAUGCAGGGCUUAACAGCUCAGAUGGGUGGACUGGGGAUUGCUGCUGGAGGACCGGCACACCCCGCCGGUGGGAGUGUCAGGGCACCUAAGAAGAAAGAUAGACAUGCAUACCAUGAGAUUGGGGCUCCAGCAGGGUCGUCACAGGCAUUCAACGGCAUGCCUCCGGGGGCCACCCAGCAGCCCUCGCAAUUCUUGAACCAGCAGAGUCCGCAGGUUUCUUCCCCUUAUGGCGGAUUUACCUCAUCCCAACCCCAACCCCAACCAGGGGCCACUGGGUCUGUUGGCGAUGGCUCUGUGCCAGCGCAAGGCAAUGUUAACCCGGAACAGCUACCCAGCGUGCCACGGUCUCGCGAUAUCCCAGCUCAAUAUUAUCUUGACCAUACAUACCCAACUAUGGAGCGACAUGUACCCCCUCCAUCAACCGUUCCGUUCGUGGUCCAUGAUCAAGGCAAUUCUUCCCCAAAGUUUGCUCGACUCACCAUAAACAACAUCCCCUCCACAUCGGAGUCCCUCGCGUUAACCUCGCUCCCGCUGGGCCUCAUAUUACAGCCUCUCGCCCCACUCGACGAGGCCGAGCAGCCGGUCCCAGUUCUAGAUUUUGGAGAUUCUGGACCCCCACGAUGUCGAAGGUGCAGAGCGUACAUAAAUCCGUUCAUGACCUUCCGAUCAGGCGGAAACAAGUUCAUCUGCAACAUGUGCACAUUCCCCAAUGAGGUUUCGCCUGAAUACUACGCACCGCUUGACCCCACAGGUGUACGUGUGGACCGUAUGCAGCGCCCCGAACUAAUGCAGGGAACUGUCGAAUUCUUAGUCCCCAAGGAAUACUGGAGCAAGGAGCCAGUAGGGUUGCGAUGGCUCUUCCUCCUCGAUGUCUCACAGGAAGCUGUGUCUCGCGGGUUUUUAGAAGCUUGCUGCGAUGGAUUACUAUCUGCUUUGUAUGGGUCAGACAGUGAUAGCGAGGAAGAAGAAGGAGCUGAGACCACAGAGCAUGAUGCAGCCAAAUCGCAUAGAAGGCUACCUGAGGGCUCGAAGAUUGGGAUAAUCACUUUUGAUAAGGAGGUCCAUUUUUAUAAUCUAAGUCCCCAGUUAGAACAGGCGCAGAUGAUAGUAAUGCCAGAUUUGGAAGAUCCAUUUGUUCCUCUGAGCGAGGGGCUUUUCGCCGACCCUUACGAAUCGAAACACGUUAUUUCAUCGCUUUUGACGCAAAUACCUACUCUAUUUUCCUUCAUCAAAAAUCCGGAACCAGCUCUUCUUCCUACUUUAAAUUCAGCGCUAUGUGCCCUAGAAGCAACUGGGGGUAAGAUUGUAUGCUCUUUAAGCAGUCUUCCCACUUGGGGCCCAGGGCGUCUUUUUAUGAGAGAUCAAGGCAAGGGUCAAGGAACCGAUGCCGAACGAAAGCUCUUUACUACCGAGCAUGCCGAGUGGAAGAAAACCGCCACAAAGUCGGCGGAGGCGGGAAUAGGUAUCGAUUUCUUUAUCGCAGCUGGAGGCGGAACUUAUAUGGACAUUGCAACAAUCGGACAUGUAUCUGCUGUUUCUGGAGGAGAGACAUUUUAUUAUCCUAAUUUCCAUGCCCCUCGGGAUGUCCAGAAGCUCUCUAGCGAAAUAUCACACUCCAUCACCCGAGAAACCGGUUAUCAGGCCCUUCUUAAGGUUCGAUGCUCGAACGGACUUCAAAUCUCCUCCUACCAUGGCAACUUUCUCCAACACACCUUUGCGUCAGAUCUUGAAAUGGGAAGUAUCGAUGCUGAUAAAGCAUUUGGUAUCAUGUUUUCCUACGAUGGUAAGCUUGACGCUAAGCUAGAUGCCCAUUUCCAGGCUGCUCUCCUGUAUACCGCAGGCAAUGGGCAACGGCGUGUUAGGUGUAUAAAUAUCGUUGCUGCUGUCAACGAUGGAGGAAUAGAAACCAUGAGGUCUCUUGACCAGGACGCCAUUGUAGCUAUUAUUGCAAAAGAAGCGGCUUCCAAGUUGCCCGACAAAUCUCUCACGGAAAUUCGUGCUGCGCUCACAGAAAAGAGCAUCGAUAUUUUGGCAAGCUACCGAAAGAACUUCACGUUGUCACAACCCCCUGGCCAAUUAGUCUUGCCCCAGUGUAUACAAGAGCUUUCAAUGUAUGUGCUAAGCUUGUUGAAAUCUCGCGCAUUCAAAGGAGGCCACGAGCCAUCGGAUCGUCGUAUUCACGACGUCCGGAUGCUUCGCUCUUUCGGAUGCCGGGAGCUUUUACUCUAUCUAUACCCAAGGAUCAUCCCAAUUCACAAUUUAGAUCCCAAAGACGGGUUUUCCAACGAGCAUGGCCAGCUACAGGUGCCCCCAACUCAACGCGCAUCGUUCUCGCGAAUUGAGGAGGGAGGAGUCUACAUUGUGGAAAACGGCCAGAUAUGUAUCCUCUGGAUUCAUGCACUAGUUUCGCCCAACCUCCUCGAAGACCUCUUUGGCCCAGGUCACACAACUCUUAGAUCUCUUGACCCAAAUACGUCAUCCAUUCCGGUUCUAGAGACACAACUCAACGCCCAGGUGCGCAAUAUCCUCCAGUAUCUAAGUUGUAUCCGUGGCUCGAAGGCCAUGACCAUCCAACUGGCCAGACAGGGUAUUGAUGGCUCCGAGUACGAAUUUGCACGACUUUUACUGGAGGAUAGAAAUAACGAGGCACAGAGCUAUGUCGACUGGCUGGUGCACCUACAUCGACAGAUUAACAUUGAACUAGGUGGCCAUCGGAAGAAAGAUGAUGGUAGCACCGUCACUGGUGCUGUUGGUGCCGGAGUAGAAAGCACUUUGUCCGGAUUGGCAGGAUUACGGCCUCCAUACUGGUAG